AAACAGUACUUUUGCAUCCUAAAAUUGUCAUCUUAUUUUAAAUACCGUUUAAUUUAUCCAGUGAAAUUUCUUCUUAUUAAUCAUAAAUUUAUUUGAAGAAUUUCGACGAAAAGGUGCCCUUUGACACCUUUUCAUUUAGAUGGAAAUAAUUGUUAAUAGGAAUUAUGUUAUUUUUAAUAUAAUGCCAUAAGUAUAUUUUAAAACGGCGACGGCGCGUGUUCCAGGUGAAGUGUCGGUUGGAUAAUUUCAUUGGUCGGUUGAGAAAUGCGUAAUGUGGUUUAGAAGAAGAAUUGUAAAGGCAGGUCCAUAAUGUUCGUGUUCAGAAUCGUUGGAGAAAUGCGCGCGCAGUGAUGGAAGCCGCAGACGACACCGGCAUCGUUUGCCACGAGUCGAACCGAACUAAAAGUGUAUAAUAAAAGAGGGAGGGGAAAUAGGAAAGGAAAGGAAAGGAAAGGAAAGGAAAGGAAAGAGAAAGAGAGAGGUUCGAGAUCGUGUGGAAGGGGAAGAUACGGGACGAGGAGAGGAGAGCAACAGCGUAAGCGACUAGCGCGCGCUGUGGUGUGUGUCGGUCGGUCGGUCGUCGCCGCCAUGCUAGUGGUUAGUUUAGUGAACCAAACAUCAUGAUGUGGCAAAACGUUCGCACGAGCUAAGACUGAAGUAACGCCGCGUUACCGGCGCGCCGUCGUUAUGUUAUCCAUAAUAACUCACGACGUUUGAUAAGCGUAAACACGUAACGUGAAAAGUACAAAAGGCUUGGUAAAAGCUUCACGGCGACAGCGGCAUUGAAAACGUCGAAGUGCUCGAUUCCUGCGUACGGAACUGCACACAACACUACGCCAAUCCCGAUGUAAAUUAAAAUCGAACCGUACAUCCAAGCAAACGUUACGAAGUAAUUGUCGUCACGAUACACGUUGGGAGUGACGGAGUGCCAACGAUCAGCCUCCAUCGCGCGGCAAGGAGACUAUCACGAAUCGUAUACACGGUACAGAAGCAUUUACGGUUCUACGAUCCAAAUGAAAGAAAGAGUAAAAGAGAAAGAGAGAAAGAAAGAGAGAGAAAGAGAUUGUUUGUGUGGGCAUGUGUGUAGGUGCUGUGUAUUUGUGUAUUUGUGUAUUUGUGUAUGCGCGCGCGGGCGUGAGCGCGAGAUGCGUGGUUGUAUGCGUGAUAAGGAAAAUUAUAUGACAUCGUGUAUAUGUGUAGUGCGCGCGCGUGUGCGAGACGGCCAGAAAACGAGUGUGCGUAUACACGUAGUGUAUAUAGAGUAUAUAUGAGUGUCGUGUACGUAGAGAAACAGCAGAAAGAGGGAGAAUGAAAGAAGAAUAGAGGUCUGAGAAACGAGAGCGAGAGAACGGGGAAAGAAAGAAAAGGCAAGCGUGUGCGUUCGCAAAACAUCGAGAUGGUAGGAGCAAGAACAGCCACGAUAUUCCCGCGGAAUUUGCCUAACAGUGCAUUGCAGUUUACGAGUCGUUUUUGACCAGAACUUUACUUGGUUUUGUCACGAGCAGUGACAGUGUAAUAUCGCGCAAGGACUUGACGAUAACUUAUAAGAAUCUAUAUAUCGUACAACCGAGUAAUUUUAUCGGUCGAACGUAUUGGUGUCUCUGAAACGUUUCGUAAAGAAAUGUGUCUACUUCUCACGACCUCCACUAUCGGCCACCUCUCCCAUCGAUUACUUUCUCCCGGAGAAAAUGAUGCUGGAUCCGAGUGUACUAACGGAUUUAGAGGAACUGGCGCUUUGCAGUUAUUGCAAGCAGAAGUAUAAUGACGCCGAACAAUGCCCGAAAUACCUUAGUUGUAAACAUUACUUCUGCCUGCGUUGCAUAGAAAACAAUUUAUUAAAGGGACGGGAGUUGUUCUGUGCGCACUGUUGGAAAAGGACGGACCUGGGUGAUCAAGGGCCCGAUGCUCUACCGACGCAUUCUUCUCUCCUCGCGCUAGCGAACAAUCUGUCUCACUUAAAAAUUACGACGAACAACACAUCCGGGAAAAGCAACGACAAGGAGAGAAAGAGUGAAAAUUGUCACACGCAUGGAAUGCCUCUAGCGUUAUGGUGCGCGACGUGCUGUACGGCCCUUUGUAGAGCAUGCGCGACUCCACAGGAACACCCGGGUCACCAGAUUAAAUCGCAAACUGAUGCCAAAGAACAACUCAUAUCCGACGUUCAAUUGGAGUUGGUUGCUAUGGGAAAGUUAUCGACCGAGAUUCAAAGACUGGCUAUGCAGCAACGAGAAUUCUUAAUAAAAGUGUUGGAAGCUUGCGUAACGUUGAAAACGCACGUCGAAACCGACCUUCAGAACGGCUGGAGUCAUUUCCCCGAAAUAACCGACGCACGAGAAACGCUUGGAAAAGCAAAAGCUAGUCUGCAAAUGAUCGACAGUCCCGGUGACGUGUACAGUUUACAUUCGCAGCUGAUAAUUGAGAAACAGAGAUUACAAUCGAAAUAUCAAGAGAUGAUGCUGCAGUGUCAGCUCGACGACUUGAUAGGCAACUCGGGGGUAGUCUUUGAUUUUGCAUUGUUGAAACAAGCGUUGGCUGGAAUACACACGGGCGAGCCGAUAGUCUCGCAAGGGACGAGUAACGGCGGCAGAUUACCAAAUCACUUGGCGGCUUCGCAAAAUCCGAUAUUGUUCCUCGCUAAUUAUUGCAUGUCGCAGCUAUAUUCGAGGCAUGUGGUCAGUAAGCAACACAUGCAAAACGGUUCUAUAGAGUAUCAUUCGAGCAUGAUGCAGCCGCAGUCAGCUCCGCCGGGCUCCGUUCACGUACACCAAGGUCCACCGCCACCGUCAACCCCACAGCAACUUCUCAUCCCGCCUGGUUCACCGUCCGUUAAACCUGUUCCGACCGCCCCACCGAACGCGAUGUUACAUCCGCAACAACAAUCAACAUUCAUACCGGAAGGAGUCGGUACCGGUGGUGGCGGUUUGGUGACCGUCCACUCCUCCUCUCAACCACCGUCCAGCGGAAUAGCGGCAUCGCUUCGAGGACCUUCGAAUCCUUAUCCUCUCUAUUAUUUCAACAUCGAGGUGAACGGGUCGCCACACGGGCGCAUCGUAAUAGAAGUGAGGCCGGACGCGGCGCCGAAGAUGGCCAAGAAUUUUAGUGUGCUCGCGACCGGCGAGGUCGGAGUUGGUUACAAAGGUUGUACGAUCUUUCAGUGCUGGGAGGGCGAGUCGGUGAUCACGGGCGACUUUGAGUUGAACAACGGUCGCGGAGGGAGAAGCAUAUUCGAAGAUGGAUACUUUAUGCCGGAUGAUACGAAAUUCCCUGCAGUGAGAGGUGCAGUGGGAAUGCGCCGAACGCAAAAGCGGCACGAUAAUCUUGGCAUGGUGGGCUCACAGUUUCGUAUAAUACUGCAAGAGAUGCGCGGAUUCACGGGAAUCUUCGGACAUGUGGUCGAAGGUUUGGAGCUAGUCGAGAAGAUAUCUACAUUUGGCGAUCAGACUGGCAAGCCUACGAAGAAUAUUCUAAUAACUAAAUGUGGUAAAUUGUAACGACGACGCUAUUGCGGUUAGUAUACCGAACGGUACACCGAGUACCCGUAUACUUAACGUUCUCCUGCUCUAGAUAACUAAAAUUUUACGAGUCGCGACGGUAUCACCCCUAACCUCUGCGUUCGAUGGGUAAAAGGAACGUUCAAGUGGAAGGAAUCAUGUACGCGUAAUAUCCGAAAUGAUAUUACUGCAACUCGAAAGACAUCGUCGCGACGUAAAGCUCCACAAAUUGCGAGACACUCCGGUACGAGUCACACAAUUUAAUUAACUAUUAACAAUAGAAUUCUAAAGAUGUUGAAUCUAUUUUUAAACGUGGACGCAUAAGAGAAGAAAGAAGAAAUAAAGAUCCAUAUUUUGCUAUUGAUUGGGAAUCAAUAAGAUUCUGUAUCUACAAUAACGACGAUGAUCGAUAAAUACGUACCUCAGAUCGAUCGUGAUAUCGAUACGACUUCUAGCUGUACGACGUUUGUUUCAGAAGAAGUUCGACGUUUAUUUUGGCUAUUGGCGCGUAUUGCUACGUAUAGUUGAUAGUGAAUAUCGCACGGGAUUUAUGAAGAGCUGUAUGAAUGGCAUCGCCCUAUGGGGCGCUGAUGUUUUAGGUUGUAGGUAAUACAGAAAAACAAAACAAACAAAACAAAAAAAAACACAAAAAAAAACAAAAAAAAAAACAGAAACGUGUAGAUAAGGAAUAAGUACGAAAAAUGGGGGCAAACUUGUAUGUGUAUACACAUACAUCCAUAUAUUUGUA